CCUGCAGCUGUUCAUCCAACAUCUCUGUACCAUUCAACACCACAGAUAAGAUGGUAUCAUACUUUUAUAUCGGAUUGCUCGUCUGCUUGACCAGUGGACUGAUAAAUAAAGUAGACACGGCACCAGUAGCUGGGCAGUCCUGCUGUCCUUCUGGUUGGACCAAGUUUGGCUCUCGUUGUUUCAUCUACUACAACAAGGGGCUGUCUUGGAUUGAGGCAGAGAUCUACUGCGUUUCCCUCGGUGGGCAUCUGGCCUCUGUGCACAGUUCUGAUGAGCACAAUUUCCUCAGAGAGAUGAUUUACAGAGCAAGUGGCCACAACCAUAAAACCUGGAUUGGGGCUUUUGAUACAAUCAAGGAAAGUGUUUGGAUGUGGAGUGAUGGGUCUAAGUUCGAUUUCAAUAAGUGGGGCCACACAGAGCCGAACGAUCCUAAAAAGGAACGCUGUGUUGAAAUGAAUUUUAGAGUUUCUCCUAUGACAUCAGCCUUUCUUUUUGCUUUGGGCCUCUGUUUGGUCAGCGUACUGGUGACUGGAGAUGAAGAGCCCUGCUGUCCUUUUGGUUGGACCAAGUUUGGCUCUCGCUGUUUCAACUUCAACUAUAACGCGAAGACUUGGGACGACGCAGAGCGCACCUGCAUUUCCCUCGGUGGGAAUCUGGCCUCGGUGUACAGUCUGGAGGAGCUCAAUCUGCUCAAAGCUUGGAUGAAUCGAGUUACUAGCCUCUACACACAAACCUGGAUUGGGGGCCAUGAUGCAGUAAAGGAGGGUGUGUGGCUGUGGAGCGAUGGAUCAAGUUUCAACUUCACGCGGUGGGCUAAUGGGCAGCCAAACAACAGUGGAGAUGAAGACUGUGUGGAGAUAAGCUGGCGAGCAAACUCCUGGUAUGAUUCGAAGUGCACACAUAGGAAGCCUUUUAUAUGCGCCAAGAGACUGUGAUGUGCUGCCAUAUCAGCUGUGAAGACAUGAAGACAUGACUCCACCACAGCUGGAAGCUCAACUGCCAGUUACUAUUCACUUCAAAAAUCAAUCAGUUUUGGGUUUUUUUUUUUUUUUUUUUUUUUUUCAAUUCAACAAUGUUCAUUACUAAAGAAUUAUUCUGACUUUUUUUCAUGCUUUCUCUUGUACGCUCUGAGAUUACUGUUCUAACUAACAUCUGGACCAAAAGUUACUGAUAUGAAACAAAUCUAUGGAGGCCCUUUUUUGUGUUGCCUUGCAAUAGUUUGCAUUACUCUGCAAACUCUUUUGGGUUCUCACAGUAAAUUUUGCAUUUUCUUGCAACACGUUUCUACUUCCAUUCCUGGCACAGUAUGGCGCCCCAGUAUGGAUAAUCUUGUUUAAUUUAACUUUGAACUGGGCAUUAAUUCUGCUGCUCCACUGGCAUGGUUAUGUGAUUAUAGUGAAAGAAAACUAAAAUGCAUUCACAGUUCAAGAGAGCAGCUGAGCGGAAACAGACACACAGCUCGGGGAACAGAAUGGAAGUAGAAAAGUUAGUGUGAGGAUCUUGCAAAAAAAAAAAAAAAAACUCACCUUGACCCUUUGGAGGC